AUGGAGGAUGAGAGCUACUUUGGAAGAGCCAUGGCAGCCAUCAUUUUCUGGAGAUCAGAGAAGAUGUCUAAAGCAGAAAGCAGCAGCAGGGAAAACAGAUGGUCUCUCCAAGGAAUGACAGCUCUUGUCACUGGUGGAACCAAAGGGCUUGGGUAUGCUAUUGUGGAUGAGAUGGCAGCGCUAGGGGCAGUGGUGCAUACAUGUGCGAGGAACCAAGACUUGCUUAAUCAAUGCAUCAGUGAAUGGAAUGAGAAGGGUUUUAAAGUUACUGGUUCAGUCUGUGAUGUAUCCUCUAAUGCUGAAAGAGAGAAGCUCAUGAAAGAGGUUUCCUCUCUGUUUGAUGGAAAACUUAACAUCCUUGUCAACAAUGCUGGGACAAACAUAUAUAAAGCAACCUUAGAUUACACAGCUGAGGAUUUCACAUCUCUCAUGAAUACAAACCUUCAAUCUGCUUUCCAUUUUUCCCAACUUGCACAUCCACUUUUGAAAGCUUCAGGAGCUGGAAGGAUUGUCUUUAUGUCUUCUAUUACUAGUGUGGUAUCUGUAAAUACUCAAUAUCCUUUAUAUUCAGCUUCUAAAGGUGCAAUGAACCAGCUUACAAGGAAUUUGGCUUGCGAAUGGGCCAAGGACAAUAUAAGGGUUAACGCAGUAGCACCUUGGUUCAUCCGAACUCCACUCACCACACCUAGUCUGGAGGAUGAAAACAUUCUUAAUGAGGUUUUCAAUCGAACCCCUAUGAGACGCGUUGGAGAACCAGGAGAGGUUUCUUCAGUUAUUGCAUUUCUAUGCUUGCCUGGACCGGGCUUCUUAACAGGACAAGUCAUACGCAUUGAUGGAGGGAUGUCAGUGAAUGGCUUUUCCAUGGGUUGA